AGUGGGACUGUGGGGAAGCCAGAAAGUGCAGCAGGAGAAUGUGGCUAGGCUGUGCGGCAUCCUGGGUUUGGUAUUGCGGACUGCGCCUUCUCCAGGCUUAGAUUUAUCAGUUUCUUAGGCAACGUUUCAUUGUGCACUCAGUUGGAUGGUGCUUCAAACCGAAACUCAUUGCCCUGCUUUAGCAUUAGCUGUGGCUGGUGUUUUGAGCUCCAGUCGUGUUUUCAGCACUUUGGGCACAAUGUACUUCCUGUAUGAACUGGAAGAGAACUGUGGUUGCUCUUCACAUCUGCUCACAGCUUUUGUUAUCUGGCACCAAUUCUGGCCCAGUCAUUUGUCAUCCAUGGCUCUUGUGAUAUGCCGAAGAUGUCCAGGCAGUUUCUGUGGAACAUCUCCUUGUCCAGCUCUAAUCAAGCACCAUGUAAACAAGAAAUUGCCUGGUCACACAUGUGAGGACUGUGCUCUCACUGCAAAAAAGAGCAGUACUGACAGAAUGGCAGCCACUCUCAAGUUAUUAAAACCUUUAAAAUGUCACACAUUUUGCAGUCCUGUUGCCUACGGGGCAACCCAAAGUAUGCUUCGUUGGAAUAUGGGAAGCAGCAGGUGGUACAGGGGACUGGACCAUCCAAAGCACAGUGGCUCCUGCCAUCCUGCCAGAAGAGUGAAGAACAUCGAUGGCACCAUCUCCUCUCAGAGAGUUCUCAUAAUCAACAGUGCCCUUUUGGACUUGGGAUUCCACAAGGCUUCUACCUCGAAGACCAGCACAUUGCAGCCCAGGAACAUGAGAGCUGAUGAAGAAGAUGUAGAAGUUUUUGAUACCUUUAAAGACACUCGAGUUUUCCUUCAGCUCAGGCCAGAGUAUAAGCUUCACAGCUAUAACAAAUCAGAGACUUGUCAGCCUCUGUCUGUUUCAGAAAGUGAACUGAUUUUACACAAAGUCAGAGUGAGUCAAAAUAACCUCCAGCCUCAAACCAUUGUUGAUUAUUUCUGUAAGCUGAGCUCUUUGCCUGCAGAGCAGUGUCCCAUUUUGCUCUUGAAUGCCAGCUUUGCACUGCUCUGCCAGCUGAGUGUGAAAAACAUAAAACUCUUUGAUAUCCCAGAUCUGAUCAGUAUUUUUAAAGCUUUGGUCAAUUUAGAAAUCCCUUAUUCCCACCCAAUGCUGGAUGUAUAUGAAACCAGAUUCGGCCAUCAGGUAUGGGAGAUGAGUCUGGACCAGCUUCUCUUGGUGGCUGACCUCUGGAGGCACUUAGGCCGGAAAGCACCGCGGUUCUUAAAAAUUUUUUUUAGUUACCUUAAUUUGCACUGGAAAGAUCUAUCUUUGUCCCAGUUGGUUCAUUUAAUUUAUAUUAUAGGUGAAAGUCGUCAGGUACCACAGGACUUAAUGCAAAAACUGGAAUCACUGAUCCUUAAGUAUUUCGACUUGAUCAAUUUAGAGGAACUUGGUACAAUCUGUUUGGGCUUCUUUAAGUCAAGUAGUAGUCUCUCUGAAUUUGCUAUGCGGAAAAUUGGAGAUUUGGCUUGUGCAGACAUGCACCAUCUGAGUAGUCAUGCCUUAGUGCAUAUUCUUAAAAUGUUCCGUUUCACUCACGUGGAUCAUGCAAAUUUCAUGAAGCAGUUUGUAGAGAUUGCACCUCAGAGAAUUCCUUCCCUGGGGGUUCAGGGUGUCAUGCACUUAACUCUUGCAUGCUCAUCCUUACGCAUGUUGGAUGAAGGUAUAAUGAAUGCUGUGGCUGCCUCUUUGCCUCCUCGGGUAGCACACUGUCGAAGUAAAGAUGUUGCCAAAAUUCUGUGGUCAUUUGGAACUCUGAAUUAUAAGCCACCCAACACAGAAGAAUUUUAUUCCAGCUUGAUAAAUGAAAUUCACAGAAAGUUGCCUGAAUUCAACCAAUACCCAGAACAUCUGUUUACCUGUCUGUUAGGUCUGGCAUUUUCUGGAUACUUUCCAGCAGAGCUCAUCAAUGUUGCGCUGAGUCCAGAGUUUGUCAGGUUAGCUCAAGACAGAUCUAAAUUUGAACUUACUAAGGAGCUAUACACUCUUGAUGGUGCAGUCGGCAUUGAAUGUCCAGAUUACAAAGGCAAUCGUCUUAGUUCUCACCUUCAACAAGAGGCAUCUGCAAAUCUGUGGGAUUUAGCAAGGAAGGAUAUGAACUCUAAGCCUGAAUUCCUAGAAGCUCUCUCUUUUCUUGAGACCAUGUUGGGUGGCCCCCAGUAUAUCAAGCAUCAUAUGAUUUUACCUCAUACACGAUCUUCUGACUUAGAGGUGUGGCUUGAUGUUAACAUGAAUGCAAUACCAUUUAAUAGAGAAGCCAUACCAGCUGAAGACAAGGUCAUGUUAAAGCUUAAACGUGUGGGAGUCAGCCUUACAGAUGAUUUGAUGAAUCAGUUGCUAAAAGGGAAAGCAAAAAGGCAUUUUCAGACAGAAACUGAGUCAGAGACUGGGCAGUGGCCCAUAAUGUUGGAGAAAGCAGCCAUACCAAUGGGUAGCUUUCUUGUGACAAAUAAGCCAGGGGCUGUUGACAUGGCUGGUUUGUGUCCCCCAGCCCAUAUGCAGGCCCUACCAGUGAAGCUGGCUAUUCAGUUCACACAUAGGAACCAGUAUUGCUAUGGUACAAGGAAUCUACUUGGACUACAUAGCAUGAAGCGGCGGCAGCUGGUUCGGCUUGGGUAUCGAGUGAUCGAAUUGCCCCACUGGGAGUGGUUCCCACUCUUGAAACGAACUCGCUCAGAGAAGCUGGCGUUCCUUCAUGAAAAAGUGUUCACCUCUGUUCUCUAAACAGACUUUUUUUGGCUGGGGGGACUAGGGAUUGAAUUCAGGCCCUUGUGCUUGCCAGGCAAGCACUUAUUCUACUGAGCCAUCUCCCUGGCCCUCUGAACAGGCUUCAGGAACAUUUCGUCUCAUAAAAUCUGUAGGUUUACACAGUACAAGGCAUAUUGAUGCUGAAAAGUUUUCAGAUUUUGGAGCAUUUUGAAUUUUAGAUUUUCAAAUUUAGGGAUACUUAUGGUAGUCUGUGCAAUUUUUCCAAAUCUGGAAACACUUUUGAUCUCAAGCUUUUAGGUAAGGGACAUAAAACCUGUAUUGCAAAGUAAUUAUAAAUGUCAAAAUAUAAGAGUGAUAAUAAAAUAAUGUGUUAAGGAGA